AUGGAACCUCUUACCCUCAGUAACCCUGACGCUCCCAUUGUGACUCCUGUCGCUGCCCCUUUCUGCCCCCCUUUCAUCAGCAAUCUGGCGCUCAACCCGAAUCUGACGGGCAGCUUUCCAGAUGCUCUCGGAAACCUCCUGCAGCUCACCACGCUGGACAUGCACGGGUGUGGCCUAUCGGGCUCCAUCCCAGCCACCAUCGGCCGACUCACCAGCCUGAGCUACUUCCUGGUCAACCAGAACCGCCUCUCGGGCUCCCUGCCAACACAGAUCGGCACCCUCCCCCGCCUCUACAUGCUUGAUGUAAUGGAGAAUCAGCUGGAAGGGCCCCUUCCGAAGUUCCAGGGGGCAAACGAGCUCAGCCACCUCCACAUGAGCAACAACCUCUUCACGUCUGUUCCAGCAGAGAUCAGCAGACUGCCCAAACUGCUGCACCUGCUGAUGGACAGCAACCGUCUCACCCAUGACUUUCCACUCGCUUUCAACAACACCAACCUCACUGUCAUCUACUGGAGCAACAACAUAAUACCCGGCCCCUUCCCCUCCACCUGGUUCUUCCCCCGACUCAAGGACUUCCUCUUCAGCAACUGCUCUCUACCGAAACAGCCUCUUCCUUCCUUCCCUAUCUCUCGCAACCUCUCCAACCUGGACCUGAGCAGCAACAGUUUCACAGGCUCCAUCCCAGGCUCUCUGUUUUGGCAGCACCCUAACCUCGUCAACCUCAAUUUGGCUAACAACGAUCUUAGUUCGAGCUUCCCUCCAGCGAUCGCCGAUGCUGCCAGUCUGCAAUCCGUCUUCCUAUCCGGCAAUCAGCUCAGCGGUCCCUUGCCAGACCUCUCAUCGCUGCCCAGCAUCGUGUCGCUCUCCCUCUUUGACAACUCCCUCUCCUCCCUGCCGCCCGCCCUGCUCGCCAAGACCAACAACAUCACGCUGCAGCUUUUCAACAACGAUCUCUGCAAGCCAUUCAAGCCAGACUACACGCAAGUCUGCUCCCCCCCGACCCCCCUCACCCAAUACACCUCCCCUGCCUUUUGCGACGGCCUCGCCUGCGAGAACGACCUCUACAGCCCUAGCGCACCGCUCUAUAACGAGUCACACUCUUGCGUGUGCGUGUCCCCGUUAAGAGUCGACCUGGAGCUGUUUAUAUCGGAUUUCGUGGUGUACCAUGAGGCGCUGGUGCAGCAGCUGGAGCAGCGGAUCUUCUCUGAGCUCACCAGCAAGUCGCAGAUCAACAUCAGCAGGCCAAAGGUCCUCGUCUCUGCCAUAAGAAGCCCCGCUUCGCUCGACUCGCUUGCCUCCACCUUCACCUCGGAGCACAUCAACCACGAGUCAACGCUCAUCAUCACCGUCCUCUUCUUCCCGCCGGGCGGCGAUGGCAGCUGGCACCCGCGAGACACACCGCAGGCCAUCCGCAACGCCCUCACCACCCGGGACCUUGCCAUGCGUGUUGCUCUCGGCAACUUCGGGCUCUUUCGAGUGGUUGGAUUCUACGGCCCCGCACCCUACACCCCCCCAGCGCAGCAGCAGACUGCUUCCUCUGGGCUGAGCACGGGUGCCAUCGUGGCCAUCUCAGUGUCCUCCGCUGCUGUUGCCAUCGCCCUCAUUGUGCUUCUUCUCAUGCGCCCCUGGGAGAGGCGAGGAGACCUGUGGAGCUCGGAGGACUACAAGGCAAUAGAGGGGUUGCAGAUGCUGGGGGUGCACCGGUGCAAGCUCAAGGACAUAGCGGAUGCGACCCAGGGGUUCAAGACGCUGCUGGGGGAGGGCGGAUACGGACAGGUGUACCGAGGAGUAAUGGAAUGGGGGGAAGUGGUGGCAGUGAAACGAGCCAAGGGGCACGUGAAGCUGUGUGGCACUGAGUUUCGCAACGAGAUCCAGCUGCUGUCAGCCGUGCGCCAUCGCAACCUGGUGGCACUCAAGGGCUUCUGUGUGGAGGCGGGCGAGCAGCUGCUGGUGUAUGAGUUCAUUGAAAGGGGGACGCUGGAGGAUAUGUUGAGAGCGGACUCAAAACACCCGCUGACGUGGCGGCAGCGGGUUGACAUCGCGUGUGGCGCAGCCAGUGGGUUCGCGUACCUGCACCAUCAGAUCAAACCGCCCAUCAUCCACCGCGAUGUGAAGACGGCCAACAUCCUGAUCACAGCAGGCCUCGAGGCGAAGGUGGCCGACUUUGGCAUUUCCAAGGCGGUCCCUGAGGAGGUGAAGGGGGGGAGGCUGGACACGCAAGUGAAGGGGACUGUGGGCUAUUUGGACCCACAGUAUUUUCAAUGCGAUUUACUCACGGAAAAGAGUGACGUGUACAGUUUCGGCAUCGUGCUUCUAGAGCUAGCCACAGGUGAACAGGGAGUGGAGGGAGUGGUGGGGGGGGCAGCAUGGGGGAAUGUCGAGCAACGAAGGGGAUGGGCUAAACCACAUGGUGACUUUCACUGGCAGUGA